UGAAAACAAAUGUAAUAACCACGGCACGCUUAUAUUGUCAUGCAGGGAACUGAAUAGGAUAAAUUAUAUUACUAUCUACAGUGGAGAUCCAAUUUCUGCACGUGCGCGCGCCGUGUUGUUUCAGUAGCCACCGUGUGGGUGCCACUCUUGUUGGAUAUUUUUUUUCCCUUACAGAUUUACGGAAUCAUGCCUUCUGGACCGUUAAAGAUAUGUGUCUGUGGAGGUGGGAGCAACGCUCACCUUGUGGCUGCCUUCUCUGCUUCAAAUCCUGACGCAGAAACACGCAUUCUGGACCUAAACGAAGAAGAGGCCAAAAAAUGGGAAAAUCUCAUCGACAAGAAAGAGAUGGUUUUAAGCAUUAACGAAGACAAUGGAACUAAGAGAGAAGUGAAGGCUAAACCAAGACUGGUGACGAGUAAUCCAAAGGAAGCCCUCAACGGAUGUGACCUCAUCAUCCUUACAACGUCAGCGAUGGACCAUGGUAAAUAUCUACAAGCAAUAGAACCAUUUGCAAGCAAGAACACCGUCAUCGUGGGACUACCGGGUAAACCUGGAUUCGAAUACUUAUGUUACAAUAUAUUAGGCAGCAAAGCUGAUCUGUGUACUUUCUUGUCUUUUGAAGAACCGUCAUGGUCAUCUAAAAUUGUAGAAUUCGGAAAUCACGUAGAAGCUCUCAGUGCGAUGCAGGUUUUGGUUGGCUCAAUUGUUCGCGGAAGAGGCAUUUGCAGACGACCACCUCUUAUGUGCCUACAAAUGAUACAUGGUAGUAAGCCGCUAUUUCGUCCAUCCAAACAUUUUCUAGAGGUUACACUAAUGCCCAAUACGUUCUUUUGUCCAGUAAUUAUUUACGGACAAUGGGGAAAAUGGGAUGGGAAACCGGUCUCCGAAACACCACUCUUUUAUCAUGGAAUGAGCAAAGAAACUGCUGAAAUAUUAAAUACAUGCAGCCAAGAAUGUUUGGAUGUGGCGCGAGCAAUUACAACAUCUGAGAAGGUCAGAGUUGACUUGACUGGUGUUCAAGAUUUGUAUCAGUGGUGCAUUGAAAGAUUCAAGGGAGACAUUAGCAACAAUGCCGAUUUGUACACUACUAUCACCACCAAUAAGCAAUUUGCUGACGUCAGGCACACAAUGAAAGAAGUAGACGGUGGUCUAGUGCCGGACUUUGGACGUCUGGUUGAGGACUUAGAAGCAGGGUUAGUGGUCAUCAAGGGGAUUGCACUUCUAAUGGAAGUUCCUACUCCCAAAACAGAUGAACUGAUCGGGUGGUGCCAGGAAAAAGUUGGCAAAGAGUAUUUAGUGAAUGGAGAAUUAACAGGAAAUGACGUGGCAACAUCUAGAUGCCCUCAAAGAUUUGGACUUUGUACAAUAGAGGCAUUAGUGAAUGGAAAAAUUGAGGAACACUAACUUAAAGAAUUAUUAAAAAAAAAACGAAUAUUUAGAUAUUUUUGUACAUCAUUCCAUUAAUCAAAACCUUAACCUGAAAUAUAUUUUUGAAAACAGGCAGGUCUGUGUGACCUGUGGACAUAAACUGUAACAACUUAUACAGUAAUAAGUACUUUCAUGUAAAUUUCAUCUGCAUCUGUCUAGAUCAGCACCUGUUACUGGUUGAUGUUAAGCAGAAAUGUUACAGUAUUCACGAGUAAAGAUAAUCAUUGAUAACUACUAA